AUGAGCAGUGGCAAUGAUGGCACUGGAACAGACCGACCGACGUCUCCCCCGUUGGCUGGGCCUGUGCCUGUGGGCUGGGAGCGCAAGGUGGAGGAGGGCUCAGUGUGCUAUAUCAGCCCCAGCGGCACGGCGCUGACCUCACUGGAGCAGACUUGUGCCUACCUCCUGGCCGAGGGAACCUGCAAGUGUGGCCUUGAGUGUCCACUCAACAUGCACAAGGUAUUUAACUUUGACCCGGGGGCAGCGGUGGCUGGGCGAGGGGCCCCUGGGGCCCAGGGCCAGCAGGACAUGACCAAACUCUGCAAUCACCGCCAGAAAACAGCGGCCAUGGCCACACUGUGCCACAGCAUGGAGGGCACCCUGGGCCCCUGCCACCCAGGCACAGGUCCUGGCCUGAGCCUGCUGUUCUCAGCAGAGGGGCACCUGGCCGUGGCCCCCCACACCGGCACCCACCUGCCCAGCACUGUCGGCAGCUUCCCCAUGGUCCCCUUGGGGACGAAGAUCCUGGAUGCCCCAUCUGCCCUCACGGGGACCUGGCUCACCACCCCACCCUUUCUGCAGCCCCAUGACAUCGUUCCCGGGACCAACGGCAUCCCCGAGAGUUUUCCUGCCAGCCCCUGCUUUGGCCUCCCCUUGCCCCUGCCAGAUGUGGCGAACCCCCCCCAAUCCCCUGUGGCCCAGAGCCAGCGCCCCAAGGGCAGGACUAGCACCUGGCCAGCCCUGUUGCAGGGAGCGACCAGAGAAAGCCCGGGGCUGGGGGUACCAGGGCUGUCCCUGCCAGCCACCACCGGUGCCCCCCAGACAGACAAGGUCAAUUCUGUCAGUGAUGCCUUAACCAGCCAAAGCAGCAAUAACCCGCCAGUGCCCUUAGAUGCUGUCCCUGAGGGCAGGGGAUUUUUGGGGCUGCCGCCGGUGAGCACCCCCUUCCCUGCCAGCAGCCUGCUGAGUUUGGCCGCCAAGGCCCAGCUUGGCAACCCCGACCCCACACCUGCCCUGAGCACUUUACCGCCCUGCCCACUCUCCCCUGGCAUGCUGCUCUCUCUCACGGGCGAGCGAGCCCCGGGCAGGGGGUCCCAAUGGCUCCCUGACCUCCAGGACCCAGUAGCUCACAGAGCGCCACCUGAGCGUAAAGGGAUGCCCCCCUCAGUGACUGGGCAGCCUCUCGCAGCCCUGCUGAGCCUUCUGGGUGCUUGGGGCUGCCCCAGGGAGGGGGGUCCAGGGGUGUCCAGCCUCCCCCUGGGCCCUCUGCCUGCCACCAACAGCUCACCCGGCCCUGGCACCGGGCUCCUGCCCACCAGCCGGGACUUCAGCGGGCAGCUCCGGGGUCUCUUCAGGCAGCUGGCACCAUCUUCUGAACCCACCUCAGGGACCUUCCUGCGGUCAAAAGCCUCUAGCCCUAACAGCAGCCCAGGGACUCUGCUCUCCACCCUGCUGCCCCUGCCCCCCGGGUCAGGGGAGAGGAGCCCCAAGGCCUGCCCGGUGCUGCCUGACCGACCCCCGCUGUUCUCUGUGCUGCCCGCUUUGCUCACUCUCCACCCUGCGCUGCUGGCCGCUGGGCUGGGCCCCCCCGAACCUGCCCCCACCGCCUCGCUGUCCAGCCUGGCCAGCCCCUCUGUGGCACCUACCUCGACUGACGCCCUCCCCACCACUGCUGAGCCCCUGUGCGAGGAGGGCCGGGCCCCUGACAGCCCCACUGGCACCCCGGAGGCCCUCAACCUGCUGGGGUCCCACCUGGGCAGCUCCCUGCUUAGUGCCACGCUGCUGGGCAAUCUACCGGUGCUGAGCCCCCUGCUCCAGAAUCAGCCACUGCUGUUCCCCCUGGGGCUGUCGCUGUGCUCGGACCAGGACACUGCUAGCCCCCUGGCCGGCCUGCUCCAGAGCCUGCAGCUGUGCCCCAGGUUUGGCUCCCUCGAGAAGUCGGCGACUCUGUUGGGUCCCAGUGCUGGAGGCUCCCCCAACCCCUCUGCACCUCCUGGCCCCCUCGAGGUCACCCCAAGUGCCUUAGAGCCCCCUGUGCCCUGUCUGGCUGAGCCGGGCAGCCCCAGACCCAAUGAGGGUGCCCGAGUGUGCCCCACUUCACAUUCCCCCCUCAAGCGGGGCCGCUGGCGGGCUGAGGGGCUCAACAGGGAGACACCGUCCCUUUCUGGGCCCCCCAGCACCAAGAGCCCCCGGCGUGGGGCUGGCCGGCGGGGCUUGGGCACUCAGCGGCACUUCAACGGGCAGGUGGACGACAGGGGUGGGAAGGGGCUGCCAGCCACAGCCCCCCCGGCCCCCCCCGCUACUUGGCGCUGCAUCGGGGACAUCCUGGCCGCUGAGCAGCAGCUCAGAGUGGAGGAGAUCAAGGUGGACCUGGCUGUGGCUCGGUGCCCGUGGGCUGGACGCCCCGUCAAGAGCCGCCGGAGGAAGCUGCUGACAUGA